AUGUCAGUAACAGAAACAAAAUAUCAUUAUAUUGGCCUACUGGAUGUUGAUGCUUUUUUUGCUCAAGCAGAACAAGUUUUAGAUCCAUCAAUACGUGGGAAACCUGUUGUAGUUCUUCAGUCAACACAAUAUGGUGAUGGGCAAGUUAUAGCAUGUUCAUAUGAAGCAAAAAAUUUAGGUAUUAAAAGGGGAAUGAAUAAGAAUGAUUUAAAAAUUUUUAAUGGUGUCCAAAUUCGGAGAAUGCCAUUAAGUUCCCAUUCAAAUAGUUCGGAUCGAACAAAAUAUGAAAUGGAAUCUGUUAAAAUUUUUAAUGUAAUCAAAGAAAAUUCUGGUUGUACAAUUGUUGAAAAGGCAUCUAUAGAUGAGAUGUAUCUUGAUAUGACAGAACAUGUAAAAAAUGUUAUGAAAAAUGAUUUGAAACCAUUUAUUAAUGAAGUUAUGCAAAAAAGUAACAUUUUUGAUCGAUGUUUUUUAUCAUCAACUAAUGAUGAGGAAGAAACUAUGGAAAGUGGUAAAAUUAAUUUAAUGGAACGUUUCUCUAGAGCUGUUGAUGAAGAGGACAAUGAUACAUUAGCUUUUUAUGUAGCAUUUGUUGAAGCUUUUAGAUUAAGGAUGUUGAUAAAAGAAAAAACUAAUUAUGAAACUUCUGUUGGUGUUAGUUAUUCAAAAAAGAUUGCUAAAUAUGUUUGUAAAAGACAUAGACCAUUUGCAAUGACUAUAAUGUUACCAGAACAAUUUUCUAAUGUUUAUGGAAAAGCUAAAAUAGUCGAGAUUACGGGAUUUGGUGGUAUUCUUGGAAAACAACUUGUAGAAAAAUUUAAUAUUGAAACUAUUAACGAAUUAGAUAAUACUUCUGAUUAUCGUUUAUAUGAUCAUUUUACUGUUGAUGAGGUUAAAAAAAUUAGAAAAAUUGUAAAUGGUAGUCUUGAUGAUGAAGUUAAAGCAAGAAGUCGAAAUUCUGAUGUUUCUUGUUCAAAAACUUUUAGAAAUGGUUUAAAUAAUUUGAAUGAAAUUAUGAAAAAUUUAAUGGGUAUUGCUAAAGAUCUUCAUAAUAAAUUAAAAUAUGAAAAAGAGCAAGGUAAAAGAGUGCCAACAAGUUUUGCUUUUUAUCAUAAUAUUGGAAUUAAUAAUGAAAAUGCAUUAAUGAAAAGAAAAAGUUUAAUUAUGAAUGGAGUAGAUUAUGAAAAUUACUUACCUAAAAUUGCUCUAGAAUAUCUAAAACAGUCUAUACCUGAUUUUGGUACAAAUAAAAUAUUUGUUAUUGGAUUUACAGCUUCGAAAUUUGAAGAUACUUCAAGUAGAAUUCCAAUAACUGCAUUCUUCAGUAAAGUAAAUGAAAGUAGAAAAAGAAAAUUGGAUGUAAAAGAUGGAUGGAAUGAUAGUUUUAAGGAAGUUUCUAACAUAAAAAAUGAAAGUAGGAUAUUAUCAAAAACAACACAAGAUAAAGAUGUAACGGAAAAAAAUGUUUCUUCCAAAGAUAUUGAAGUAAUUGUCAUUGAUAGUGAUGAAAUAGUAAAUAAUUCAACUGAGAAAAAAAAUCAAGAUAAUAGAGAAAAUAAAUCAGACGAUUUUUCCGAUGAUGAAAUACAAGUUAUUGGAUUUGUAAAUAAUAUAUCGGAAGAUAAAACAAAGAAAAACAAACUAAAAACUAAAAAGGAUAUACAAAAGCUUGUAAAACUUAAUGAAAGAAAAGAAAACAAAAUUCAAAAAGGACAAAUGUCAAUUCUUCGAUAUACAAAACAUCCCAAAAAUGAAUAG